AUGACAGAAUCAAAGAUGCAACUAGAAGACUGUCGUUGGGCCGCAACAGGGCUGGAUGAUUUAUGCGUCCGUUUCAUCAUUAAUCUACCUCGCGAAGAGCUUGAAUCAGUGGAACGCAUUUGUUUCCAAGUAGAGGAGGCACAAUGGUUCUACGAGGACUUCAUUCGCCCGCUCGACCCCGCCUUGCCCUCUCUAACGCUCAAGUCCUUCGCCAUGAAAAUCUUCCGGCAUUGCCCUCUCAUGUCGAAUUGGUCCGAAUAUCACCAUAAUGCUGCAUUUGCCGAAUUUUUGGCUUAUAAAACCCGAGUUCCUGUUCGCGGCGCCAUCAUGUUGAACAAAGAGAUGGACGAAGUUGUCCUGGUUAAAGGGUGGAAGAAAGGUGCCAACUGGAGCUUUCCCCGCGGCAAGAUCAACAAAGGCGAGCCCGAUCUGGAUUGUGCGAUCCGCGAGGUCUACGAGGAAACCGGCUUCGAUGUUCGCCAGGCAGGCUUAGUCCCGGAUGAUGAAAGGGUCAAGUACAUCGAGAUUGCGAUGCGAGAGCAGCACAUGCGACUCUACGUCUUCCCAGGUGUGCCCAAGGACACCUAUUUUGAACCUCGUACCCGCAAGGAAAUUAGCAAAAUCGAUUGGUACAAGCUCUCAGAACUUCCUACGUUCAAGAAGAACAAACAGCACGACGAGGGACUGGCGGCAAAUGCCAACAGAUUCUACAUGGUUGCCCCUUUCUUGACCCCUCUGAAGAAGUGGAUUUCACAACAGAAGAAGAUGGCCUUUAAGGCCCAGGCGGGCUAUGCUUCGGUGGAUGAAAACGGAGAGCAAGCUGGUAGUACCCCGGCUAUGUAUACAGCUACCACAAGUGAUCUCCCUGAAGUGACCUCGACCCGAGAUGCUUCCUCCCACCUGAAGCAGUUGUUGAAUAUCGGUGGCAUGUCUGGCAUGCAAGCCCCACAGCCCGUACAAUCACCGGCUGUCGAAAAGUCCAAGUCUGAUGCACUACUUGGCUUACUUAGAGGUGGCUCGCAGGACACGGUCCUACAGCCCCAAAACCAGGCCAUGGCUUUCUCCAAUACCACAAACCCCAGCUUGCCGCCUGUUGCGCAACCAGCUCCUUUUGCGCCGAAUUUUUUCCCUGGAUUUCCUCAGCAACAACCACAAAUGGCUACUUCGAGCUUCAUGCAGCACACAAUGGCACAAGGGCAAUCGCAUUCGAAUGGACGGCCUGUCAUUGACCCUGCCCAGCAUAUUCCCGGCCAGAGUUUCCAUUCUACGGCUCAGCACGAGCUUUCUGGAUCUAGUGUUCCUCAAUUCACUCAAACACCUGGGUCUCACUUCUACAACCACCACCCCCAAUCGCCAUCUUCAAAUUUUGCGCCGCCGAGGCAAGUUGCUCCAUUUCAAGCGACGGGAGAUCCUCAGUUCUCUCGUUCGACAGAGCCCUCUCAGGUUCUCGGGGCUAGAGUGCCGCCGGCGAGCAAAUUGCCACCGCCAAAGCUCACGAGCCAGUCUCAGGCGCUUCUUGACGUCUUCAAAGGCAAUGCAUUUGGAGCCGCGAAGAGCCCCCAAGCUGCACCACUGAGUGUCCCAGGGCAGGGCCAACCUCUGGCUCGCAAGACAUCCCAGCACCAAGAAGGUCUUCUAGAUUUAUUCAAAGGCAUGCGUGUCAUGCCGGUAGAGUUGGGAGGAAACCCUGUGCCGCCUGCCCCGCCAACUGAGAAGCAAAUUCUUCAACGUCCCUCGCCACACCAUGAACCUAGUAUGCAGCGUGGAAACGCCGCCUUUGUAACUACAGGUGGGCCAGCUCAGACUUCAGACACGGUUCCUAGACCUAUGGGGAUGCAACAUCCCAACACAAGGCCAAGACAGUCACCUAAAAAGGGACCAAAUGGGUCAAACAGAAAGAAUCAUUCAGGUCGGCGGGAGCCCUCCGAGUCACAGCAGCUAUCGUCGCCUAUUACUAUUCUGCCAAGGCCACAGUCAGCAAAGCGAGAGACAUCUACUUCAAUGAAUCGACCGCAUGUACCUCAGACGCCGUCUCAGCCUCAAGCUCAAACUCCUCGAACUGAAGCCCCCGAGCCCGUCAAGCCUUUCCAACCACAGAUCCUCCGACGCUCUGAGAAAGUCGACUACGAGGAGUUCCUGAUGAAUUCAUCUAAGAUGGAAAGUGCGGGCCGCAAACCCAGCCUGGCUGGCUUGCAGACGAACACGUCAGAUCUGGCACCUCAGUCCAACUUUGAUCGUCGCCCCAGCCAAAACGCGACGCAAAAGGGUGCGCUCCUCGCUCUGUUUGGCAAGGCUGCCUCGCCAUCCCCUAUAAUGCCCGUUCAGCUUGAUUCUCGAUCCGCGAACCAGCACCCUUCUACUGUUUCCGGUGUGGUCAGCCCUCUCUCAUCCUUCCACUUGCCUAGCAGUGGAGGCUCCCUUUCUCGCCAUGGUACACCUGCUGCUAUUGAGGGCGAUAUGAAUCCCCCCUAG